ACUCCUGCUUCCUUCUCAGCGGGUUCCGGUUCUUCAGUUAUAACCACGUUUGUUUUGGAGGAGUUUUUCUGCUUAUGAAGAUUCACUCCAUUGACUAACCAGCCAAGUUGAAGGCAACGGGUCAAAGGUUAGAAGUCAUUGAGAGCGGGUACAGAAAUUGCAGAGACUUGUGGUUAUUACGAUGGAUCCGAUUUCCUCAGACCUCGGUGUUACAGCGGGAGAGGGGACAGAGCUCCUGCCUGAACCAUUGAACAUGGAUCAGGAUGGCCUCCAAGCUCAUGGUGACCCAGGGUCAGAGACUACCUUGUCCCCUCAUUCCUUUGGUGAUGAAAAUGACAAAGAGAAUGAGGAUGAUAAGAUGGAAGGGGAUGACAGCGAUGGCAGCCAAGAGCUGUCAGGGACUGACUCCUCAGCUGAGGAGGAUGUAAAGGGAGACACGUCCGAGGAAGGAAAACUUUUUGGAGCAGUUUUGAAUCUAGAGGCAGGCCCAGACAGUGCCACCUGUUCAAAAGAGGAAUUAAAGAAGAAGAAAAGAAAGAGGAAGACAGAAGAUGGAGAAGAGCCUAAAGAACAAUCUGGACUGAAAGGACCAUUUGAGGGCCUAGAUGUUUUCAGAUUGUGUCGGAUUUGCGGUGGAAACUUUAGGAACCCAAAGUUACUGAAUUGCUUACACACUUACUGCACAGAUUGCAUCCAGACCUUGGUUCAAUGUAAAGAGGAGAAAACCUUCCUGAAGUGUCCUGUCUGUAAAGUGGAGGAAACUUAUGAGGAGGCACCAACACUUCCCAUACAUCACCUGUCUAAACGCCUGGCAGAGGGAAAGGCAAUGGCCAAGGAUACGCAGCAAUGUAGUAUCUGUGCUCUUAAUGCGCUGUUCCUGCCUGCAGUCAAAAUCUGCUUUGAGUGCAAGGACUUUCUUUGUGAAGGAUGUGCUGACAAGCACAAGUUUUCCCGAUUCACCAUAGAUCACAAAAUUACGGAUCUGGAUGAAGAGUCCUGGCAGGAAUCCCUGGAAAAGGUUCACAUUGAAAGUAUGAUGUGUCCCGAGCAUGACAAGGAAGAGGUGCGCUUCUUUUGUGAGGACUGCUACAAUCUUGUCUGUAGGGACUGUGUCAUCCUUAAACAUAGCGAUCACAAAGUCCUUCCCGUCAACCAGGCCGUCAGUUCUAGGAAACGAGAGUUUGAGUUCAGGAUGCUGGGAAUGACACAAAGACUUAAAUAUACUGAAAGAGAGCUGAAUUCCAAUGAUGAUGCUUUAGCUAACUUACAGCGACUCCAGGAAAAGGAAAUCGCUAAAGUAAAAGCUGAAGUAGCUGAAUUGAAACAAAGGCUAGAUAAAGAAGAGGAGCUUGCCAUAGCAGCCAUUACAAAAAAAGUGAUCGGAACAAUGAAAAGUGGAAAGAAGAGAAAGAGGAAUGCACAGAAACUGGUUGAUCGCAUACAAGAAGUUAAUUCACACUGUCUAAAAUUUCUGCAACAGAGUACUGAUGAAGAAUUUCUGGACAAUCAAAAUCUUUUCAUGGCUGCCAUGACAACAACCUUGAAUUCUACAGUCCUCCCAGAACCUCUCAGCUGGAGCAAACUUCCAUUUACCCAGACUUCGAAGAUCUUCCGAUUGGCCCAAACUGAACCCCUGUUUAUCGUCAAUGACAGAAAAACUAUCUUCAACUUAGUAGAGGAUAUGCCGACCCAAUGCUUCAUGGCACAGUGGCUCGCAAAGAAAGUUGAUGUCAGUCGUGGACUUGACUAUGCGCAGUCAGUUCAGAACAAAGUUAAGGCUAAACAGCGGGCUGAGAACAAACACAUCAAAAAGGAGGAGGCAAGGGAGAUGGCAGAAGCUUUAAGAAUCAUAAAUGCCCCUUCUAAAGUACAAAAUACCAUAGACCAACGGGCUCUGAAAGUAAAGAAGGUACAAAACUCAACUGUACCCACCCCAGGAGGAGAGGACUCUCAGCAGGAUGAAGAGGGAAAGAAAAAGAAGAAACCAAGAAACAGAAAUAAAAACAAAGAUGGCACUACACUAGAUGCAGAUCAAAAAUUGUCGGAUCCAGCACAGAAGCCUAAUGCAGGGCAAGAACAGAAACCAAAGAUUAAAGUGGAACCAGAACAGGGGAACAAAAAGCAGCAACAUGCGGCCAUGGCAAGGUCACUGAAGCAGAAGAUGGGCGGACAAGGACAUCCUAGCCAAUUUGUCUCUUUCAAGUUCAGUUCACAGAUGCCCAAUUUCAAUGCAGGUAUGAAUGGAGCAACUGCUGGUCCCCUACGUAUUCCCACACUUACUCCACUGUGGCGAAUUGAUCUUUACCUGCGGUCCGACAAAUUCCAACCCAACAUUACUGCCACGCUUUGUAUCGGGUUGGAGAAGGUUGCAGUAGCAGAUAGCAGUAACAACAAGAUCAAAAUGUUUGCCACGUCUGGAGAAUUUUUGGAGGAGCAUCCUGCCUUCCAGCCUGUCAGUCUGGCCUACUGUGCUGGAAAACUCAUUUGGUGCAGUGAAAACACACUGGGUUUCCUGGAUCUGGGCAACAAGGAAAGGGGAGAAGUGACCUUUGACCUUGAUGCUGUACCACAUCCUUUGUCGACAGGGAGCAUCACUCAACUCCUGAUCGGUAAUGGACAGAACCUAUGUGAGUACAACUGGUCAAAAAAGGAGAAAUAUUGGGCACAAACCAAUAAGAUCCUUCCGAAACAUUCCAACAAGAAACGCUUCAAGAGCAACAUAAUGAGUCUAACUAACAGUGCAGGGAGCCAGACGAUUGUCUACAGUGACUGGCAGCAGAGCAGUGUGGUGUUCAUGGACAGUUCUGGUAUCAUCAGCAAUAUUUAUCGUGAGGCUGACAAACAGAAUGGCUUCCUUCCAACUGGAUUAUUCUACGACAGAACAGCCAACACAGUAUUUGUACUGGAUCACCAAGGAAAUCGUCUGGUUUUGCUUAAUAGCGAGGCCAAAUAUGUUCAAGAAUGGUCUACAUUGCCAGCCAUUCAAAAGCCGCUAAGUGUCACUGGAAAUAGGUCCGGGCAGUUGUUCAUCACUGGCAGUGACCAGUUCCUUCACGUGUACAAGUUUGCCUACUAAGUGGUCCUUUGUUAUCCUCUGUGACUACACAGGUCGUGUAUUACUGUAGUGACUGUUACAGAACCUAUGUUUAUAUUGGUAGACGUGCAUAGUCAACAAUUAGAAUCAUUUGUUCCAGAAACAGUUUAUAAACUCAGAGGUCGAUCUAUUGGAAUCCAGAUUCUGUGACAGUGACCAGUUCACUCGGAAUCUUGUUAACCCGUAGAAGGGCCAGCACAUCUGGUGUUGGAACAAGCCGAGGAAACCAGGACUUAGUUGUACCAGACUCCAUUGACAUAAUGACACCUUAGCAUAAGGAUAUAAGCAACAUUUCACAUGAUAUUUAUGUUAGAAUAAACCCCCUUCAAAAUGUAUGGCUUUAUCUAACAUUAAAAUCAGAAUUCUAUCAGUGCAUUAAUUUUUGUGUACCAUUCACUUUGUCAUCAAUAAAUCAUCAAAAUCCUUAAUCCUGAUUACAGAAGACCUUUUUUAGAGUGGAAAUCUUUUAAAACGAGGAUAGUAAUGUAGCCUAUAACCUUAAGUCAAGUUUUUGAAAACUUCUAGCUUGAGACAGGUAUUUUAUUACAAAUUGACUACAUUAUUUAUUUUGAAUUUAAAAUAUCCUUGUUUGGAUUUCAACUUGAAUAAUCAUAAAAACGUAAAGGACUGAAAUUAACCUGCAUAAAGUUAAUGGCUAGAGCUGGUACCUAGGUGGUUUGUUAACCAUUUGGAGGAUUGGUUAAUUGUUUUUACAGAAGGAUUGACCCACACAUAUAUGUUUGAUUAGUGUACAUGUUAGUGGAUAAUAUCUCUGUAUAGUCCAAUCACAAUGACCUGUCGUGUUGACCUUUGAUUACCAUAUUGAUUUCUGGCGAGUCGAUACCCAAAUAGGGAAUAUACAUAGAUCUAUGUCACAGGUAUGCAGGAGUUAAUAAAUAAUGAUAAAAAUAUGAGGAAUGUGUUUUGGCAAAACAGUCGUAAUGGCUAAAUGAUUGUCUUCACUGAGAGUAUAUUUGUUGGUCUUAGUAUGUACUCGAUACACCUGGGCAAUAUCGCUGAACAGGUGAGCUUACCUACCCAAGGAAUGUAACUGGCCAGUAUGAAUAUUUAAUGAGGAGGUCAACGCGAUAGGUCAUUUGUGUCUGACUAUUACGUUUUUAGAUAUUGGAGGGUAUGUAUAGUAUUGGUCUUUUUGUAUUCAGUGUGCAUAUUGGGUAAACAGAUUUCUUCAAUUGUAAAAAGUGGAAUUUUUAUUGCAGAAACAUUUUCACUAACAUGACAUUAAUCGUCUCUGUAUAUCACAUCCACAUAUUAUCUUCAAGAGUACAUGUCACAUUUAAUACUUUUGAAAUUAUCAUCUUGGUAAGUGACAAACAUAAAUAAUAUGAACUUCUUAGAAAAUAAUAAAGAAUGUGGAUGAAUGGUAAAAUACCACUUUUAGUAUAUUUUGAAGAGUCAAACCAUGAAAAUUUCUGCACAGGAAAAAAGCUUUUUUAUAUUAUGGAAAUUUGUUUACUACGUAAGGAGCAGGUAACAUGUUUCUUUUUCUUUUCAUGUAAGAUAUUACAAAUGAAAUAUAAUAUCUUCUAUGCUUACUACUUGACAAAUUGAUUUUAGAAUUACAAAAAUCUGUUUGAAACAAUGCUGUCUUUAUAUAGGUAAAUACCAGGACAGAAUUGCUUAUAAUAAUUGAUUAUAAUUUAUAUAACUUCAUUGGAGAAGUCUUAUAAAAAUUAUGUCUUCUUUGUUAGCUAUUUAACAAAUUGGUUAUCUAUAAACAAAACAUUUGAUUGCUUUGUUGUAAUCAAUCAUAACUUUAUAGAUUGCAGAAUUGUUUCUAACCUGUUUGGGAUUUUUUUAAAUUCAAUGAUAAAGUCUUAUGAAAGAUUCAUGACACAUUCAGAAAUAAAAAAAAUAAUUUUGUAGUUCAAGGUCAUGCUAUGAAAAUAGGUUUAGACAUUUCUACAAAAUUUUGUUAUUAAAUAUUGUUUUGUGUUUUCCUGUAAAUAGAUAAAUUUUCAGGUAAAAAUUGAUUUCCAGCAUUCAUUAACAAGUCUCUGUAUAUUGUUUUUGUAAAUGUAUGAUUUUGACAUCUGUAGAAUGUGCAUGUACAGUGGAAACUCGUAAACAGAUAUCGUGUUCUUCAAUCACAAGCUUAAUUCAAGUUUUACCUCUAUCAUAUGUUCAGAAAUAUUGGAUUUCAAAACUGAAAUAUAUGUACCGUAUUUGGCCUAAUAAAAACACUGUGUGCUUACAAAAACACAAAAGGGUGCGCUUAUUAGGUCAAAUACAGUACAAACGUUUUAAAGUAAAGUUUUAUGAAGAAGAACCCAAAAUGAUAGUCUGAAAUGACACUAUUUUUAUGCCCCUGCCAAAGUACACAUAUACAUUGACAGACCAUUUUAGGGUUCAAAGGUAAAGGUCACCAUCACAAAUAAUGACUAAUUUGCAUGGGAAGGCUUUCACUACAAUGUGAAAAUAUUUAUUUGAACAAUUUGUGAGAAAAAGUUUACUUUUAAAUGAUCACAUUUUAUUCCUAGUUAUAAUGAGUCAUUAAGGGAAUUUUUCGGAGUUUUACAAAUUUCCACCGUACAAACGAUGUCGACGUAGCACUGGAGGUGGAAUGUGAUUGAGGAGAGAGAUACAAAUUGUUUGUUAAAGAGUUAUGAUGCUUUGACUUGAAUACAUACUUCAGUUUCUAUGUAUUAUAAGGGUCUGCAGUUACAAAAUAAUGUCAACAGUUAUAUAUAUCGUGCACACCUUGUCCCUAUUGUCAUCCCAUCUUUUUUGACAAAAAAAUGUGAAUUUUAUAUGUGACAUGGUGUUUUAAGUAUGUUUUGCAUGGAAUUUGAAAGUGAAUUAGCCAUGAUUGGGCUUGUUGACUCAUGUUUUUACACAAAUUUCAUUCAAGUAGUUUUAUUAUACUAAAUAACUUAGAAACAAACACAAAAUAAUGUGAAAAUAAAGCUCUUUUAAUUAAGUUAGUUUAGAUCAGUUUUGUGUAAGAUGAUAUCUUAAUGGAAAUAUUUGUUUUUUGAAGAAUACUUAUUCUAAUAUGAGAUUUAAAAAAAAUAGAUGGCCAACUGUCACCAAAUUGGAUCAUUAUAUUGAAGUCAUGUUUCAUAUCAGCCACUAUAUGGUUUCUUGUCAAAGCACCUGGUACAGAGCACUAUUCAUUUUCUAAAAAUCUUACUGGGAGAUAACUAUGUCAUACAUACAGUCAAAUCUUCUCAAAAGGGAGACAAAUUGUCUUACUUGGUAGAUCAUUCUUACUCAAUUUAAAUGGAUCAAAUAUAGCUAAUUUUGUUUUCUCAUAUAAACAAUGUCUCAAGUGCUAAUACAUGUUUGAAUAGGCAUGUCAAUUAAAAUGGGACCAAAGCAAACACAACAAUCGCUAUCAGUUGUCUUGACAACAUGGAGGCUUUUUCCCAAAUCACUUUCCCAAAUACCAUUUCUUUUCCUAUUGUAGAGUUGGAUAUAUUGUGCAAUCAUUUUAGUCAUUUUGGUGCUUUUGUACAUUAAUAGCAAGGCCAAAAUUAAUUGAAUCUGCUUUUGUAAUAAGAAGUAAUGUUCCUGUCUUUGUGCAUGUUACGCCAUUCUCGAAAUUCCAUUGGUUAGGCUAUCUUACCUUCUCUGAACCCCUUAGCAUAUCUCAUGAUCUCAUGUGGAUGAUACAAGAAGACUAGUUUGAUCCUUUGAUAUACUUCAAAAGAAUCUUGCGGCCACGUAAUGGUAAAAUUGACUGCCUUUGAAGUCUGGUAUCACACCUCAGUAAUCUUCAAAGGACGGGUAUUAGCCUCACAUUUGAUCAGUUAUUUUUAAACCAAAAGCAAUUAAAUAGCUAACUGCAUGUUUUCGUUUUUUGUCAUUCUGACAUAUUAUAAUGUCAUGUUCCCCAGGAAUUUUGAGGAUGAUGUCAUGCCAGAGACGUGUGAUAUCAGUCUCCUGGUUUAUUUUUUGCUUAAAACCUGGUACGUCGGUACUAGUGCUAGAUCAGAACUAUCUUCCUGCAAAUUGAUAUACACAGAACAAUCCAGUGUAUUCCAGAACAUUCAGUAAACCCAGUCAUUUACAGUAUUGAUUUCAAAAGCCAUCAAUGGAUGUUUCAUAAAUCAUCUUUAUAUGAUACCAAUUGAUACCAAUAUUGAACUAUUGACACAAGCAUCUUGUACUUGUAAUCAUCUGUUGAGCUUCUAAGUAUUAAGGAUCCCUUCCUCUACUGCCAAUAGUUUCUUCGUCCUUCAUGAUGGAAUUUUUUUAUACUCAUGCUGCCCCUUUGAUAUACUAUUUAAGUCAUUCACCCUUGAAAUUUCAUAAUGAACUAUUCCACAAUUUGAAUUGGAAGAGUUCAAAUGUGUCUUCAGGGGUGAAUGAGUUAAUAUAAUUUCUUACACAUAUGGUUUUAUGUAACACAGUGAAACCCUGUGUCACAUGACAUUCUUUGAGUUACCAGCCGUCUUAGGGUCUGGCAGUAGGUUAGUUAUAUGCCUGUCCUUUGAUGAGCAUAUUAUACGAGACCGUUAAAAGACUCCACUUCUGUUUUUGAAUGCUUUCGAUCUUAAGGACAAGUGUGACAUUGAUAUAAUUAAGCAUCCAACUGCAUUUUGUUCAGAGUUACGGUCCUUUUAAUUCUGGACAGGAUGGCAGACAAAUCAAAUAACAUGCAGUAUCAAUAUUUUUCUGAUCAGAAUUUCAGGACAGUAUAUAUUAAAGAGAGUGCAGUUUCAUGCCAAAAUUUUUUCCAUCACUUUUGCCAAUAAAUGGAACAGCCAACAGCCAGUAUUGGCCAGCUGUCUCCAAUGCUAUGAUUACGGCGUCACCAUUGUAAUGACGUCAUGAUGAUCAUAACUGAUUUUGGUAGGUUUAAAUUGUGGUAAUGCAGGAGAAAUGUAAAUACCAAAAAAAAGUGUAAUCUUUAAAUCUGAGCAAGUCUGCAUAAUAAGGAAAGUAGAGUACUGGGACGGGAGGAACAUGAUGUAACUGUUGUGUUGGUGAACUGGUGUCUGUAACUGUUCAUUAUUUUACAUUUACUUUGAUUUAUGACAGCAAUUAGGUAAUUCCAUUGUCAGUGUGUUUCAAUUAUUGCAAUAAAAUUGCUGAAUCUUC